AUGUGGACAUCAUCUCCCACAAACAGCUCCUACUCCUCGAGCGUCUCCUCCUCAGACCCUCACCUCCCCUACAUCCACCCCCAACCAACAUCAACCGUCUCCCUCGGCUCCCAACACCCACGCCGAGCCCAGAUGCCCAAAUACCGCCGCUUCUACGCCUCCCCGAUGGACGAAGCAGGCGACUCAAACCCCAUCGAGCUCUACGGCCUCGAACAACGGCCCCUCUCCUUCAUUGAAAAGCCAAAGCUCCUCCGCCGCGUCUCCCACGCCCUGGACGAUAUCAAAGAGGACCUCGCCUACCAGCUCGGCGAUCCCUCCAGCACUGCGGCAAAGCUCAAGCGCCGCUCCACCUUCCUGCUGGACGGCUCGCUCGGUACCAAUGUUCCCCGCCCCGAGACAGCUACUUACCACGGCCCACCACCUUCAAGGCCCAUGUCCAUCAUGUCCGGACAGGGCGGACUAGGACGCAGACUGUCGCGCAGACUUUCUAUCUUUGGCGGUCGUGCAAAGGGCGCUGAGCGUCCUCAUACGAGCAUUUCCACGCCUAAUCUGAUUGGGUCUUCGGCGAUUUGA